AUGGAUGAUGGAUCAUCAUCAUCAGGAGUCGGAGUCAGAGCCGAGGACUGGUCGGCCCUGGUGGCCACAUGUGGUACUGCAGCUGGAAAACUCAGCCACUUCCUGUCUGAUGUCACACCGUCGGUCUGCCUGUCUGUCAGGUCUGAUGAUGCAGGAAGCUGCAACGGGUUUAUAGCUCCUGGAGGUCUGCUGAUCAGCUGCAUCUUGUCGCCCCAAAGACCAGGUUCAAAACCAGAAACCGUGGUCCCCACCCCAGAGUCUGUGCAGCACUUUGUAUUUUUUCUUCUUGUCAUUUCAGUGAUUCAUGACUUCACCCCGUGUCUUGUUCACCUGCUGCUAUUGGCCGAGUUGUUUGUCCAUUCAUCGUCUCGUCCCACCAACCAUUCCCCUCUCUGCAGCCUCUUUAAAUCCAUGAUCAGUCAGGUGGACAGCUUGGCAAGCUUAGCCAAAAAACUCCAUGACUUGUCGGAUGAAGAACUGGUAACCUUCGAGGCGAUGGACAACCGACUGGCCGGUCUUCCUCAUAUCGAACACACAGCGACACAUUUCCACUCAUUGAAGAUGAACGAGUCGCUCUCUCAGCUGUCUGUGUACACUCAGUCCUUCAGGCUGCACCUAGACUGGUUGAAAACAGCCAAAGAAAACGUCAGUCUGUCCUCCCAGUCAGCAGGGGGCGCCAGCUCUCACCUCCUGCAGCUGUCCAACAUCCUCAACACCUCGCUUCAACAGAUCAGUGAAGAGGUUCCUCAGUCAGCGUCUCCCUCUCUGCCCGUCGUCUCCACAGCCUUCGACGUGCUGCAGUUCUCCGUUGAGAUCUCUCAGCAGCUAAAAGUGUUUUCUGACUGGUCGAAGAGAGUUUUGGCGAGUCUCCAGAGACUCUCCCACUGCCCUCGGCGUUAAGCCUUCAGCACGAGACGUCUUCUCAUAAAAACCACUCAACUUAUAUAUCAACCUUUUACCCAGUAAGGACUUUUGGAACCGGCAACGUCUGUCGGUCCAGACUGAAAUAUCUCAACAACUCUUGAAUGUAUUGCCGUGAAGUUUGGUGCAGAUAUUCACGGUGCCUGGUGGAGGCACUUCAACGACUCUGGUGUGACUUUUUAUGUAGCAACAAGCAGGUUGAAGAGUUCACCUAUCUGGAGAAAAAUCUCAACAUGUACUGGAUGGAUUAGCAUAAAAUUUGCAGAAGAUCAAUUGUACAACUUCUACUGUAGCGCCACAGAGAGGUUCA